CGUAACCUGAAAGAAAUCCGGUGGAACUCGGAAGAGAGGUGACUGUUGUAUUCUAAAUCAAAAGAUCAAAAUGAAAUCAAAGAUCUAGAACCCUGGCUGCCAUGGAGUCCGAGGGUAACGUGCUCCGCGUGGACUUCCCAAACUUCUCAGGAUCCCUGCUUCAGAAGCUCAACCAGCAACGGCAGAGGGGCCAGCUUUGUGACAUCAUCGUGGUCAUCCAGGGCCACCAGUACCGCGCUCACCGGGCCGUCCUGGCCGCCAGUUCACCCUACUUCUGCGACCAGGUCCUCCUCAAAAACAGCGCCCGCUGUGUUUUACCCGACGUCAUGCACCCAUGUGUGUUCGAACGCCUCCUCCUCUCUUGCUACACAGGCACCCUGCACCUACCGGCCGGCGAAGUGGUAGCCUUCCUCACUGCAGCAAGCUUCCUCCAGAUGUGGCACGUGGUGGACAAGUGCACUGAGCUGUUAGAGGUGGUAGGAAGCGGCGCAAGAACAUUAGUGCACAAGUCUUCUGGUGGGCUUGGGGACAGGCCUUCCCCUGGGGACAGCAGCUACCACAGCCCUGGGGAUGGCUCCAUGGGCCUGGAGGCCGGCGGAGUAGCAGUGGAGGGCUUUGCCAAGAUGGAAAUGGAUCAGCUCCUGGAGAACAGCUUCUCCCCAUCCUCUCUGGAGAACAACAGCACCCAGCCCGGCGGCAGCUGCUCUCCGCCGGGCGACCACGACGGCUCAGGUAGCGAGGCCACCAGCCAGGACGGGGAUGACGAGGAGGUUGGUGAGGGGGACUACCAGUACUCCAGACCAGCCUACGUCCCACCCAGCAUCAUGGGCCACAGGAAAUGGGUCCAUGUGAAGUCAGAGAGGCGUGAGGAUUGCGGGGGCGGCGGGGCUCUGUUUAGCGGGGACCCUGCGGUUACUGACCCCGAGCAGAUGAACUUUAACCUCUCCCAGGCCUCGGCCAGCAAGAGCUCCCUGGGCCACAGCAUCGACGAGAAGCUGGCAGCUCAGUUGGAGGAUCGCCUGGAGGAGGACCCGCUGGACUUUUAUGGCACAUCCAUGGAGGGCUUCUCCGCCGACAAGGUCGAAGGGACCCCGCUUGGGCUGAAGAACGACCUGCUAGGAGGUGCAACCGGGGGUGAGGAGAGUGGCGGUGGUUUGGAAGGAAACCCCAGUGGCCUCCAGGAAGAGACUUCCCACUCGGGCUUUGCCUCAGUGGUCUACAAAUUGUACCCCUGCCAGUGUGGCAAGAGCUUCACCCACAAGAGCCAACGGGACCGGCACAUGAGCAUGCACCUUGGCUUGCGGCCAUACGGCUGCGCCGUGUGCGGUAAGAGCUUCAAGAUGAAGCACCACCUGGUGGGCCACAUGAAGAUUCACACGGGUGUAAAGCCCUACGAGUGCAGCCUGUGUGCCAAGCGCUUCAUGUGGCGGGACAGCUUCAACAGACACACGUCCUCCUGCACCAGGGCCCACCAGGCCCGGACUGCCGUCAACGAGCAGGCUGCCCAGAUCUGCUGACCCCAGAUCAGAUUUCCAACUACAGUUCACCUCGUCAUCUCCCACAGUCCCGUAUCAGUUUCACUGAGCAGGCUUCCCAGAUUUGCUGAUCCUGGAUCAGAUUAACACACUAGCUUGGAUGACCACCCUCCAAUCAGUUUAGGUGGAUAUAGGGUUAAUCCACCCCUUUUGAUUUGAACAAAACCUUCCAUACAUAUUUGCCCAUUGUAGAGGUGCUCAGAAACAGCUUUUUCUUUUACCUGAAUGCCAACAUAUUCAAAAGAUUAAGGUGCUCAAAGUUUACCCAUUCUUCAUACCAUACCAUAAGACAUCCACAUCACUGGAAAAUAUAAACCGAUUAUAUACAUAUAUAUAUAUAUAAUUUGAAAAGCUUACAAACAGGGUUGUCAAACUAUUUGAUAUAUUUUGCCAUCGGUUGAGACACAACAUGCUCACAACA